CCUCCCCGCCCCGAGAACCGAAAGUAUGGAAGGAAAUCUGUCCGACUCGGAGAGGGAACAGCUGAUGCAGAAUUUGAAGCAGCAGAUAGCCGUCGCUAAUACCCAGGAGCUGCUCGUGAAAAUGACGGAAAAGUGCUUCAAAAAGUGCAUACUCAAGCCGGGCACGACGCUGGACAGCACGGAACAGAAAUGCUUAGCAAUGUGCAUGGACCGAUACAUCGACUCCUUCAAUCUCGUUUCGAGAGCGUACGGCGAUCGAAUUCAGCGGGAACGUAACAGGAUGUAAUGCACGGAGGUUCAAUCGGACCAUUCACUGUUACUGUUGUUACGCCGCAGGUGUAAUUUUGAACUUCGUCAUCAACAGGUGUCAUAGUAUAUUGUACAUACUGCAUUUUCUUAUGUAAAAGCAACAAACAAAAGGGUACGUUGUUCACGAGAACGUUUUUAGAAUAAAGAAGGGCCAUCUAUAUAUAUAUGUACACACUUUGCUAUUCAGAAAUCGUCAAACACGGUACAUUGUAAAGUAAUUAAUGCACAAUUGUAUUUUACGUGUGCAUGUGUAUAUACACGUACCUGCGAAUAUAUAUACAUAUAUAUAUAUAUAUAUAUAUAUAUAUAUAUACAUAUACACAUACAGUGGUAGAAUACGGGUUAAGUUGUACAAUAUCGUCUAUCACCUGCAGUUGAAAGUGCUUAGGAUCAAUUAUUUCUUACAUAUUUCGUAUAAAAAAAACGCGUACACUAAACGACUUUUCGUUGAUAUCGCAAACUAUUGAAUUACCACGGAGAACGGUAUCGUACGUCAUUCUAGAAGGGAUGAUGGUAUAUAAAACUGUACACAUAGGGAUAUGACAGGUAUACAGACACGCAAGUGGUGAACUAACGUGGACGACGAGUGCAAAAGAGAAAAAUCUUUAUAAAAUAAAUAACAUAUACAUGAAUACAUAUUAUUACAUUACACUUGAAAAUCAUAAAUAAGUAACAUAGGUGUUUCUUUUUUUUUUUGUUGUUGUUGUUGUAAAACCCACAAUUCCACAGUACUUUUAUUUGCAUUCUUUUUUAUAAUUAUUUCAUACACACUAAAAGGCACGGUAUAGCUACCAAUGUUUCAACGUGGUUACAAAAUAAUUAUCGGUCCGUGAAUACCGAAGGAAUACCGUAAAGCGGGCAUUUAAUACUUUGUUCGUGAGACUUCAAACUGGAGAUUAUUAUGAGUAGACUACGUGACUAUGUGGCUAAUGUGUGUGUGAUGGUUACCUAUACUGAGAAAAUAGUCGAGGUUGUCACUCCAUGAAAUGUGCAUGAAAAAAACCACUGUUAUAUGUACAUACGUUUCUUUUUCGCAAUAAAAUUAUUCGAUUUUCGUAUCACGCGUUGUUCGCGUCUCGGAUAUAUGCUCUUCCUGCAAACGAAACGCGAAAAAGCUGCGCCGAGCGACGAAUGCGAUAAGACGUUAAGAGUAGAACACGAGAGAGACGGACGAUUUUACGUUUCGAACUUCGUAUCUUUCGGAAGUGGAUUUUUUUUACGCAUCCUCCCGGAUACAUUGACGUCGCAAGCACGCACGGAAGAAUCGCAACGCUGCUCAACAUCCUUCGGAAAACGGAAAAAGAAGGAGAGAGAAAGAUACACAAGCAAUUUCGAAUCGCCUUCGUUUGUCGGAGGUUUAUUCAAUUUUCAAGCGGAACCUCUGAAAAAUCGCCUGAUUAGAAAUUGCGUGCACACUCGAACGCGCGCGUACGACCGCGAUUAAUUUCGAGGGACCUCAAAGAUGGGCCCCUCUUGUCCGAAAAUUCGAAAAUUCGAGUACACACACACACGGGAAACGAGCUCGACUCUGUUGGUGUAACCCGAGCGUUUCGUUGUCCGGGAAGAUUAGGGACCGAACGAGAAGAACAGAAAACUUCCUUAUUCCGGGAGAUAUCUAUUCGGUUUCAAUUGUAUUAUUUUCCGUUAUUUAUCAUUUCAACCGAGAGAUCUCGCCUCUCGUCGAAUUUUCGCCGUCCGGUCCCUCUCCAGCUAUACGAACUGAGAUCCUCUUUUCCGUGUAGGUAAAAAGAAAAAUAAAAAUAAAAAAAGAAAAGAAAGAAAGGAAUCCCGUUUCUGUGGCUUCUGAUGAAAGGAUUGAGACGCACCUUAAAUUAUCCCUCUACAACCUACGAUGAGAAAUACUUAUCUCUCCUUUAAUCUGUGCCUGCCUAAUGGUAACGAUGCAACGAAAGUUACGACUACCUUAGUAACAAUGGAAUGUAUCUAUUCUUUAGACUCGACAGAGCGUAGGAAUGUUCAAUGCAGUCCUGAAAAUCCCGUUGUUUAUAUAAAACGUAUAUAUAUGCGCAACUGUGUCGAUAAUAAAUGUAACCACGCUGAUUGGCCAGGAA